GCCGUCAUCUCCAUCAGCUAUCCACACCUACUACCAAGACUACUCUCAUCGAUGCCCCGCCUUUCCAUAGUUGCCUCUUCUUCUUCUAUCUCUGUGAUAAACCACAGCAAUAGUACGCAGUCAUUUUUCGCCGGAUAAGACGUUGUCGAGACUUGAGGCUUAUCCAGUGAAAUCGGAUAAUAUAAGAACAACAUCAUUGCUAUCUGCUGGAAGAGGCGGCCAGAUACGAAGAAUAGCAUCUCUGAUGAUUGCCGGUUGUCCUCGUCUGUUGACCUACCGAUCGUUGAGUGGGGUCGCACGCAUGCGGCGGUGCAAGGUGAGAUAAACCCCAGCAUAUCCAGCAACAACAAUUGAAUGCAUUGCCCGAGACGCUUAAACACUUCGGGACACGGUCAAUAACCUCCACUUCACCUUUCACCCAAUAAUACAAGUCGGAUAUCCGCGAAAGAUAAGACGAGCCACGACAUACAACACUACUAGUACUGAAGGUUAUCGUCUCCAGAUAAGGUAUUAUGUCAUGUCGUCCCGUAUCUCUGCCCUGAUGGUAUAUAACAAUAAUGCAGUCCAUCACCGUCGUUCUCUCUCUCUGGUCAUCUAUCAUAUUCACAACGAUGUCCAAGUUGGAAUCAAGGCCAUCACUCGAGAAAGUUAUCGACGACGAAGCUGCCCGAGACUCUUUCACUAAGGUUGAAGAGGUGGCCGAGGUCUCUGAUUAUUCUUUUACCAAAGAAGAAAACCGAUCCAUUGUACGCAAAUUCGAUUGGCAUAUCUUACCUUUCGUCUGGGCUUGUUAUCUCUUCAACUCCCUCGACCGUAACAAUGUCUCCAACGCCAAAUCGGAUGGAAUGACUACCGACCUCAACUUCCCUGACGAAGGCUAUAGCAUUAUGCUCACCGUGUUUACUGUUCCCUUUGCCUGUCUUGUCGUUCCCGGUGUCAUGCUCACAAGAAAGAUUGGUCCAAGGUUCACUAUUCCAGGUUAUAUGCUCGGCUGGGGUGCGAUGGCGAUGAUCAAUGCUGGGUGUAAGAACUUUGCAGGUGUUCUCAUUGUUCGUUUGAUUCUGGGUGCCUUUGAAGCUGGUUUCGCUGCGUCUUUGAUUUUCUAUCUUACCACCUUUUACACUAGGGGCGAACUGGGCAAGCGAAUCGCCGCCUUCUACUCAUGUCAAGCUCUCUCCGGUGCUUUCUCCGGCCUUAUCGCCUACGGUGUCUUCCAAAUGGACUCCAAACUCUGGGGCUGGCAAAUCCUUUUCCUCAUCGAAGGUGCUUUCACUGUCGCCUUUGCCAUCCUCACCGGCCUCAUGCUCCCAUGGUCCCCUAGCACUGCGUCAUUCUUGACCGACCGAGAGAAGGAGGUUGCCCGACUUCGUAUCUUGAGGGAUGGUUCCACCGCCAUCGACACCAAGUUCAACAGGAAGGCAUUCUUCAAGCCUUUAAAGGACUGGAAAUUCUACGUUUUCGCUUCUAUCGCCCUCUGUUACGGUGUCGCCGCCUCUGUGGCCGGUAGUUUCCUCACCCAAAUCAUCGGCCGAUUCCAUUAUUCCACCGUCAAGACCAAUCUUUUCACCGUUGCUCCAUAUGCCGUCGGAACCAUUGCACUUUGCGCCACCGCUUGGUCCUCAGAUCGUUUCCGUGAACGAGGUUUCCAUCUUGCCUCUUCUCUUAUUCUCGUGUUUAUUGGGUGUAUCCUUUUGGUCGCGCUUCCCGUUACCAGUGUUGGCCCAGCUUAUUUUGCCACUUUCCUUAUCACCGCGGGCGCUUUCACUCCGAGUGUCAUAUUCCAUACGUGGCACCAAUGUAACGACCCUACUGAAGAUGGUCGAGCCUUUAGAGUAGGUACUUACACCUUCCUUGCCAAUUUGGGUGGUAUCGUUUCUGCCCAGAUCUUCCUUGACAAAUGGUCGCCGGCCUACAUCAUUCCCCUCAGUGUUACUGCCGGCAUUGAAGGUCUUGCGGCCAUCCUCGUCAUUGGUUUGCGGAUGUGGAUGUACCUCGACAACCGAAAGAGAAAUCAAGCCCAAGGCGUCAACUGGCAGAGCAAAGAUGUCCCCACCGAGAUUCUGGUGGAGGGACCAAAGAACCCAUUGUUCCGUCACUUCUAUUGAUUUUCCUUUUGCACCUUUUCUCAUCUAAGAAUAGCUGUUGGUUUUUCACACUGUAUGGGCUUUCAAAUUUGUAGUACUGUGACUAGAGUGUUACGUUGUAGUAGUAGUAAGCGUCGGCUGUUCGAACGAAUUGUCAAAAAGUCGUCUCGCAUAUCGUUUGAUAGUUGUCAUGUUACAAUUCAGCAUAAACGGCGUGGCCUGAGCGCCUUGUACUGCC